UACCACCACCUCCGGCAGGAGAUCCUCCAGGAAUUCUCCUUCCACGACCACGUCAAGGAGGAGGCCAACCGGUACCUGGCCGGGCUGCGUGGGCAGCGCCGGAACGUGACGUACGUGGGCGUCCACGUCCGGAGGGGGGAUUACAUCCAGGAGAUGGCCGAGCACUGGAAGGGGGUGGUGGCGGACAAGGCCUACCUGGAGAAGGCCAUAGGCUACUUCCGGGCCAAGUACCAGGAGCCGGUCUUUGUGGUGACCAGCAACGGGAUGGAGUGGUGCCGGGAAAACAUUGACGCCUCGCGGGGGGACGUGUAUUUCUCGGGGGACGGGAAGGAGUCGUCGCCGGGGAGGGACUUUGCUCUUUUGGUCCAUUGCAACCACACGAUCAUGACCAUCGGGACCUUCGGCAUCUGGGCCAGUUACCUGGCUGGGGGGAAGACCAUCUACUUGGCCAACUACACCCUCCCCGAUUCCCCCUUCCUCCGGCUCUUCAAACCUGCGGCCGCCUUCCUGCCCCAGUGGAUCGGGAUCAACGCCGAUCUCUCCCCGCUGCGCACUGGUACGACUGGCUAAAGGAGCUCAGCUGGUUGCCACAGGCUGCCAAUGGGAUACACCCGCCAGGACUUAGCCGGUCGGCCGAGGAGUUGGCACCUGGGCCCCCCAGCUUGUGCGGGCUGCGCUGGGGAGAUUGGGGGAGAUUGAAGCUGGGCUGGCGGGGUUCAGAGCCCACACAGAGGAGCCAGUGACCUACAUCAGACAACUUCUCAUAGGAGUGUCCAGAGUGAUGGGACCAUCUUCAUCCGCAAGGUUGAAUGGUUAGAGUGGGGAGACUGGGAGCCAGGACUCCUGGGUUCUCCUCCUGGCUCUGGGAGUGGGGUGUAGUGGGUGAGAGC